CGAGGGCCAAUAUUAUUUUUGUUGUGUAGACCGCAGCCCUGUAAGCACCUACCUGUAUAGGGUCUGCUGGGAUAUCAAGCUGGGUUUUAAGGCUGGAGUUGGAUCAUAUUUUCCCAUAAAGCUUUAAGUUUGAUUUUUUGCCUGGGACAGAAAAACAGAUAGGAAGCAAGAAACUUGGAAACUCAGGGCUCGUACAGAGAGCGGCCUGCAGCAUGUCUGGAUCUAUACCAUUCUACCAGAAGCAUCAUCGACACUAUGACCGCGGUUACCGUAGAAAGGAGAUGGAGUCUACGUUGAGCCAGUACCAGGCCAGCAGCAGCAGCAGCAGAUACAUGGCUGGUAGCAGCUCCUCUGUCAGCAGUAGGAGCACAGGACUUAAAGUGUCCUCACACUCGGGGCUGGAACAGAGCAGACUGAGUCCUGUACCAUAUAGAGCAAAGCCAACAUACUUGGCUGUGGACAAAGAAAACCAAAUCAUCGGUUAUGUAGUGCCGAUCUUCAGGGGCAGUCAAGAGUUUGCUACAGGACUUUCAGAUACAGAGGAAGCAAGGGUGAGGGACACUGCUGCAUACAUGGCUCGCAGGGAUUUGUUCACCAGUGGCAUGGAGAUGGAGAGGUCGCAGAUCUCCAGGAAGGAGGCCAUGCGCGAGUCAGCUGAGCGCAUCUCUCUGAACAAAAGGCUCCAUGAACACGAGGAACACUUCAAGCGCAUGAACGAAGACAGCCUGAUGCACGCCCCGGAGUUUGUGAUUAAACCUCGCUCCCACACAGUGUGGGAGAAGCAGUGUGUGCGGCUGCACUGCACUGUUACUGGCUGGCCCGAGCCCCGGGUCGUCUGGUACAAAAACAAUGUGCCAAUUGAACCCCUUGCCAACCCUGGCAAGUAUAACCUUGAGAGCAAAUACAGCGUGCAUUCACUGGAGAUCAACAAAUGUGAUUUCGAUGACACGGCGCAGUAUCACGCCUCUGCCAUGAACUCCAGAGGGGAGCUCUCUGCGUUUGCCUCUAUCAUUGUCAAACGGUUCAAAGGGGAAGUUGAUGAGUACCUGCCAUCACCGAGGCAUGGUCCAGUGUCUGAAUAUGGCAUCAACUUCGAGACACACAUCGUCGAUAGGUUUGGUGUGUCAUUUGGAAGAGAGGGGGAGACCAUGAGUCUGGGGUGCACAGUCAUCAUCUACCCUACUCUGCAUCGCUACCAGCCAGAGGUGCAGUGGUACAAAGAUGAUGUUCUGCUGUCUCCAUCCAAAUGGUACAACAUGCACUGGAGCGGUGACAGAGCCACACUGACGCUCACACACCUCAACAAAGAGGAUGAGGGUCUCUACACUCUGCGCGUCACCACCAAGUCUGGAUAUGAAACCUACUCGGCCUAUGUCUUUGUCAGAGAUUCUGAUGCUGAGCUUGAAGGUGCACCAGGUGCUCCCCUGGAUGUUCGCUGUCUGGAUGUCAACAAGGACUACAUUAUAGUCACUUGGAAGCAGCCAGCUGUUGAUGGUGGAAACUCCAUCCUGGGCUACUUUGUGGACAGGUGUGAGGUUGGCACCACUCAUUGGAUCCAGUGCAAUGACACUCCAGUCAAGUUCGCCCGUUUCCCUGUGACCAGUCUCGUGGAGGGUCGCUCUUAUGUUUUCCGCGUGCGCGCCGUCAACAAGAGCGGCAUGAGUCACCCGUCCAGAGUGUCUGAGCCUGUGGCUGCCAUGGACCCAGCAGACCGAGCCCGCAUGAGAGGAACUUCUGCCCCCUGGACCGGACAAAUCAUCGUCACAGAGGAGGAGCCUGCAGAGGGCGUUGUUCCAGGCAGACCCCUUGAGCUACAGGUUACAGAAGCAACCAAGAACUAUGUUGUGCUGAGCUGGAAGCCACCUGGAGAGAAAGGCCUGGAGGGAGUCAUGUACUAUGUGGAAAAGUGUGUCUCAGGCACAGACAGCUGGCAGAGAGUGAACACGGAGAUCCCUGUCAAGUCUCCUCGUUUCGCAUUGUUUGAUCUCGCUGAAGGGAAGUCCUACAGUUUCCGCGUCAGGUGCUGCAACUCUGCUGGUGUCGGUGAACCCUCUAACCCAACUGAGGCCUUCACAGUCGGUGACAAGCUUGAUAUCCCAUCUGCCCCAGGCAAAGUGGUUCCCACGAGAAACACCGACACGUCAGUAGUUGUGUCUUGGGAGGCGUCCCGUGACGCCAAAGAGUUGGUGGGAUACUACAUUGAAGGGAGCAUCGUGGGCAGCCACGUGUGGGAGCCGUGCAACAACAAGCCGGUGAAUGUAACCAGGUUCAUCUGCCACGGGCUGAUGACAGGAGAGAAGUACGUGUUCAGGGUGAGGGCAGUGAACGCAGCAGGGCUCAGUCAGUUCUCACCAGAGUCUGAGCCUGUGGAGGUGAAGGCUGCUAUUGCCUCCCCUGCUCCACCCUUUGGCAUCAGCGUGCUGGAGUGUGUGCGCGAUUCCAUGGUCCUGGCCUGGAAACAGCCGACCUUCAUCGGCGGCGCUGACGUCACCGGCUACUUCGUGGAUUACCGUGAGGUCAUCGAUGGCCUGCCAGGGAAGUGGCACGAGGCCAACAUCAGGGCUAUCAGUGAGAGGGCCUACAGAGUGUCCGACCUGAAGGAGAACAUGAAGUACCAGUUCCAGGUGCGAGCUGCCAACAUGGCAGGUGUUGGGAUCCCGUCACGGCCAAGUAACACUUUCCUGUGUGAGGAGUGGACCAUCGCUGUGCCAGGACCUCCUCAUGACCUGCAGAUCAGAGAGGUGCGAAGUGAUUCUCUGUCAUUGCUAUGGAAACCACCCGUGUACCAGGGCCGCGAUCCAGUCAACGGCUUCUACAUUGACAUCAAGGAAGCUGAAGCCCCCGAGGAGGCAUGGAGAGGAGUCAACAACAAGGCGACGGAGAAGACGUUCAUGAAGAUAAAGAAUCUGGAGGAAGGAGCAGUAUACGUGUUCCGUGUUCGUGCUCAGAAUAAAGCCGGUGUUGGUAAAACCUCUGACGUCACAGAGCCAGUCCCAGCUCUGACCAAACCAGGCACCAAGGAGAUAGUGGUGGAUGUGGAUGACGACGGCGUUAUUUCUCUGAACUUUGAAUGCUGUGACCUGACCCCUGACUCCAAAUUUGUUUGGUCCAAGAAUUAUGAGGAUAUCACAGACGCAUCUCGCUUGACAGUAGAGACAAAGGGAAACAGAUCUAAAGCGGUUUUCAACGCUCCUGCGGAGGAGGACAUUGGCCUGUACUCCUGCUUCGUCACCCACACGGAUGGUGCUUCAUCCAGCUAUGAUCUCUCUGCAGAAGAGCUGAAGAGGCUGCUGGUGGUCAGUCACGAGCACAAAUUUCCCAUUAUUCCCCUGAAGUCAGAGUUGGCCGUGGAGAUGCUGGAGAAAGGCAAAGUUCGCUUCUGGCUGCAGGCGGAGAAGAUUUCAGCCGAUGCCAAAGUCGAAUACGUGUUCAAUGACAACCUUGUCUCUCAGGGGGAGAAAUAUAAGAUGAACUUCGACAAGAGCAGCGGCAUCAUUGAGAUGGUCAUGGAUUCUCUGACCCCGGCGGACGAGGGCACCUUCACUUUCCAGCUAAAAGAUGGGAAAGCGACAAACCAGUCCAGCCUGGUUCUGAUAGGAGACGUUUUCAAGGAGCUACAGAAGGAAUCUGAGUUUCAGAGGAAAGAGUGGUUCAGAAAACAAGGUCCUCACUUUAUCGAGUAUUUGAGUUAUGAGUUGACGCCAGAGUGUUGUGUGGUGCUGAAAUGCAAGGUUGGAAAUGUGAAGAAGGAAACGUCAGCUGUGUGGUACAAAGACGGACGCGAGAUCAAAUCGGACGAGCAUCUGAGCUUCACAGAGGGAGUGUUGAAGCUGGAAAUAGCUCAGUGCGCCUGUCCCGCAGACACAGCAGUCGGAGAGAAAAUCGGGAAAACCUUAAAAAUUUCCAAGAAAGACGCUGGAGUGUAUGAGGUUGUUCUGAAGGACGACAGAGGAAAGGACACGUCCACUUUGAAUUUGACAGAUCAAGGUUUCAAGGAUUUGAUGAAUGUGGUUUUCAGUUUCAUUGCCAAUUCCUCCACCCCACUGAAGAUCACCAGCACAGAAAAGGGCAUCAGACUCUACACCUUUGUCAACUUCUAUACCGAUUUACUCCAAGUGACAUGGCACUACAAGGACUCGGCCAUCUCCUUCUCUGAUCGUAUAAAGAGCGGUGUGGUCGGGGAGCAGCUGUGGCUGCAGAUCAGUGAGCCCACAGAGAAAGACACAGGCAAAUACGCCAUCGAGUUCUACGACGGAAAGGGCGGCCUGAGGAGAACCGUGGAGUUGUCUGGUCAAGCAUUUGAUGAUGCUUUCGCAGAAUUCCAGAGACUCAAAGCUGCAGCUGUUGCAGAGAGAGGUCGUGCUCGAGUCGCAGGAGGGUUGCCUGACGUGGUCACCAUCCAGGAGGGCAAGGCUCUCAAUCUCACCUGCAACAUUUCUGGCGACCCCUCGCCAGAGGUCACCUGGCUAAAGAACGACAGGGAGAUCACAUCAGACGAUCACAUCAUCCUGAAGUUCGAGUCCGGCAAGUUCGCCAGCUUCACCAUCACCGCAGUGAAGACGUUGGACUCCGGGAAAUACAGCAUCCUGGUGAAGAACAAGUACGGCACAGAGAGCGGAGACUUCACCAUAAGUGUCUUCAUCCCUGAUGAGGUGGGCGCCAAGAAAAAAUAGAAGCGGUCCAAAUCUUGUCGUAUAUAUGUAUAAAAUGAAAACACUGGGAGAAAAAAGAGAAGGAAAGGGGCUGGAGGACGUCGUUAGGUGUUUGUGUAGAAUAUAAAAUAUAAAACUUGAGGUGCUAAAACAAAACAGAUCAGAACAAAUGGGUUCAGAGGAAGAAGACGCUAGAGAUUUGGCCCAGAUUUGUGACUUUCUGCUCACUCGAAGCGUUACUGGUGCAAUUUUAGUUUUUUUGUUUGUGUAAAGUUGUAGCAUUCAAAAAAAGAGAGGCCACGUGUUUGCUUUAGAAGAAUAAAUGAAGCUUAAGUUAACAAACGGAAGCCAAAUGGUUUAAGAUAUGUCAUGUUGGAGUCAAAGGGGGGAAAAAAAAUCAUGAAGCCAGUGAUGAAUAUUUAUUGAAAACCAUAUGGUUGUUGUGUUUACAUGUUUUUAUUCUGUUUGCAACAAAUGGUGUUUUGUUUAGUCAAAAACAUGGCGUCAUGACAUCCUGUCUGAUCAUUGUUGCAUAAAUGAAGUGUUAAGUACUCGUGAGAAUCUGGAACAUUAAGCUUAGUGUUUAAAAACAACUUAAAUAAAAUGAGAAUAGGACGGUCACACAGUAAUUUAUCCAAGUGUUUGCUGUUUUAAUUACUAGGUUUCAAUCAGGUGUGGCCGGUUUGUGAAUCAUGCAAAGGUCAGGCAUGCAAAUUUGUGCCGGUUUAAUGUGUUUUUAAGUUAUAGAAAAUCGUUUUCUUUGCUGUGACUGCACAUAAACUGUGUUCAUAAAGGGGUUUAGAAGCAGUGAUUCUCCGAUGGGUCACACAUUUAUUCUCAAGCAAUUGAACAUAUCAGUGUAUCAGUUUACUGUAUAUUGGUGAAGUUGCAUGUUGCAGCUGAAUAUCACCUUACCUCAUCCUUCUUUUCCAAGUGUGUUAAAGAACCUACCUAACCUUCACUUGGCAUCGAAACCAAAAAAACAAUGUUUAUUUUGCUAAUGUAAAACAGGUUGGUCCUAAAUGAGAACAAGUGUAAUUAUUACAUUUUCAAUUCCUGCCAAAUGAAAACAAUUUUACCUACAUUUGACACAUCUUUAGUGUAGUUGUGUCGUUUUUUGUUGAUAUUCCGACAACAACAUAACACAAUUUCUUAGAUCAGCACGAUCGGAUCUAAAAACCAAUGUUGUGCUUUAGGAGAAUAAAUCUGCAGACGUGUUCACAUUUGUUGCAAACCGACUAAAAAUGUGAUCCUUUUCAUGAAUAAUGUGACUUUUCAUUUGCGUCCAUGUUCUGUCCUGUUUUUUUCCUUUGUUUAAUUCACGGCGUCACUUCACUGCGUCCCUGUCUGUAGUGAAAACUGUACGUCUGUCCUCUCCUUGUUCACAUCCCUUCAGUCCUGUGAUAAUGAUUGUGACGCCUCCUUUCUUCAUAAUGAUGAUGUGAAUGAGGACUGUUAAUCCCAAACAGCAGAGAUUAUUGCUUCACUUCCUGUUCCCCUGUUUCUCUAUGACUCUAAUAAAAAACGAGCAUGUACUUCCCCA